UUACAUCAAUUAAACUAUAACUCCAUAGCGCCUUUUUCAGGGUUUGGAUCUUCCUCAAGCUCUUCAGAAGGAAAAAACAAAGAAUUUUUAUACCCAAAAAAAAGGUUUGCAACUUAUUGUUUUGGUGCUUUAUUUUUGCUAGAAGUUCCACUCAAUCUCUGAAGAGUAUGUAUUAAUGUCAACCAUUAACUCCGUGGUUAUCCUGUCAGCCUCACUCACAGACAGCCGCACUUACAGCUUCACCCUCUCAUCUCUCUCUCUCUCUCACAGUUUCUACAAAUCUGCAUCUUAGGUUAACAAUGACUGUAAUUGAUAUAAAUCUGUACUACGGUGGAGAGCUUUGCAAUGAUGAUGAGAAUGAGGGAUUGCCAUUUAAAGGGCGGGGUAUCAAGUGCUAUUAUAUUCAGAUACAUCGUAGGUUGAAGACUUUGAAUGAUUUGAAGAGGAUAAUUAUGGAAGAACUGCGUGUGAACCCUGUUUUGCAUGACAUUAAAAUUACUUUUCGUUCUCCACAUGAAAUCCUCCAUCAGCACAUUAAUUAUAGGUAUAUGGUGAUAGAAAAAGACAAACAUGUGAAGAUCAUGUUUGAUAGGAUGGAGAAAAUGGCCCAAAUAAAUGCUAUUGAGUUGUACGUAAGUGCAGAGCCACGUGCAGAAGUUGGCGGUGAGGAAAUGCAACAAACAACUACAAAUCUACAGUUUAUACUCCCAGAUGAUCGAAGCACCACAUUGGGAGGCUAUACACCCCCAUGUGAAGAGACACCAACACCGAUUGAGAAGGAAGGCAGCCAUAGAUAUCAAGAUAAAUUUUGUAAACCUCGAGAUGAAUCUUUUACACAUCUAGAGGAGGAAGAUGAAGAAGAUGUUAAUCAAAGUGCCAAUAAUGGUGAAGAUCUUGAUGGUAGAGAUGAGUAUGAAGAGACGAUUGAGCGAGAUGACUUUGACGAAGAUGUUGAUGACCAUGAAAUUGCUGUCAAUCUUAAUGCCGAUGAUAUAUUUGAUUGUGAUGAAAAUGAUGCUAACGAUGAUAUUGGUGUCCAGCAUGUUACAAACACUAUCCCUACUUACACACCUCCUGCCCCAUCAUUCUAUGCAAAUACUUGGAAAAAUAUGGUUGAUCCUUCAAAUGUUGAGAUACCAUUUGCUUCUACUUGGCAAGAGGGGAUGAAUUUUGGUAAAGGGUUGAUUUUUGCCAACAAAGAGGCGGUGAAACGCGCAUUAACAAUUUACUCUGCUAAGGAAAACAAACAAUUUUUAAUCAGUAGGUCCACCAAGGUGAAACUGUGUGCGAAAUGCGUGGAUAAGUCAUGCAAAUGGUACGUUGGGGCAUUCAUGAAGCCUAAACUUCAUGGACUAUGGGUGGUCACAGUUUAUGUGGGUCCUCACACUUGUAUAUCCCUUGGGUUGCCAAAAGAUGGUAGAAUGAUUGAUUCUAAUUUUGUUGCAUCAGAACUUCUUCCGAUUUUACUCAAGAAACACACUACCACAGUUCAUGAUCUCAGAACUAACAUGAGCAUGAAGUUUGGCCAUGAGCUUUCUUACUCUAAGGUAUGGGAUGCAAAACAAAAGACUAUUGCAAAGAUAUUUGGGGAUUGGGAAAAGUCUUACCAAAAAUUGCAAAAGUUGUUAUUGGCAUACAUUGAUCAGGACCCGGGUACCCGAUUUUUCUAUCAUACUACACCUGGGAGCGUGGCAGGUACUAGUUUAUUGCACUAUGUAUUUUGGGCUUUCGCUCCUUGCAUUGAUGGAUUCAAAUAUUGCAAGCCUGUGAUCAGUAUUGAUGGGACCCAUUUAUAUGGUAAAUAUCAAGGAAAGUUGUUGAUUGCAAUGGCAACUGAUGCUAAUAACAAGGUAUUUCCUCUUGCCUUUGCCGUUGUGGAUAUUGAGUCAGGAUCCAGUUGGGGGUGGUUUUUAGAAUGCCUUAGGGAGACGAUAGGGGAUGUGAUACCUGAUGAGGGCAUUUGCAUUAUUUCUGACCAACAUGAGGGUAUCAAAAACGCCAUUGCAGCCUGGCCCAAGGAUGAAAAUGGAAAAUUAAGAGUAUUUCACCGAUAUUGCCUUAGACAUGUCACUAGUAACUUUAACACACAUUUUCAGGACCCAAUUCUAAAGUCAUUGGCCUUGAAAGCGGGAUAUGCUAUUCAGGAAACAAAAUUCAAUAACAUAAUGGACUCAAUUAAGAAUGCUGAGAUUGAAGCCAUUAAGAAGGAGUUGACCAUUGGCGUUAAUGGAGGCGAUCCCAAACCCUAUAAGCCACACACAUAUCUAAUGAGUGAGCCUGUGGACAUGUGGACCCAGUUACAUGAUGGUGGAAAACGUUAUGGGGCAAUGACAACCAAUAUAUCUGAGUGCUUCAAUGGGGUUCUAGAAGGUGCACGUGGCUUGCCCAUAGCAGCAAUGGUUGAGUUCACUUGGUCUAAACUUGUCGCAUAUUUCCAUGAUCGGCACAAAGAUAUUACUCAUGAUCUCUUGGAGGGUAAGAGGUGGAGUAAAUAUGCCAUGUCCAUUUAUGACACAAAUAAGCUCAAAGCUGCACAACAUCAUGUGAGGGAAUUUAACAAUAAGGAUGAUAUAUAUCAAGUAUUUAUAUCAUACAGUGACCAUAGCACUGGAGGGGGACACAAUUAUGAAAUUCGGUUAAUGGAUAGAACAUGUGGGUGUGGGGAAUGGCAAAACAUUAAGAUCCCUUGUUCACAUGUAAUUAAAGUUUGUGAGUUGCUACACAUUGAUCCGACUAAAUAUAUUGACCCAUGCUAUAGUUUGGCGAAUGCCAUUAAAAGCUAUUCCCAUGGAUUUACGGUGCCUAAGUCAGAGUCAUUGUGGAGGGAUGCUGACGGCUUAAUGUGGGUGCCUAACCCAAGAUUGUUGCGGGACAAAGGUCGACCAGUAAAAUCAAGAAUAAGGAAUGAGAUGGAUGGGGUCAAGCGAAAAUUGGGAAGCCGGAGGGAGGAGUCAGAUUUGAGGGAGAAUCAACCUAAGCAGAGAUGUGGAUUGUGUCAUGAAGAAGGGCAUAACCGUAGAAAAUGUCCAGAUUCCUGUGGUGCUUCGACAAGCAGUCAUGUUCCAAACUAGGCAUGCGGUGAUGUUCUAUGACUGGCGUUUUAGUUGUACAUUGUAUUACUGUUGACUACAUUACUUAUUAAUGUUGACUACGUUGUAUUAGAACAAUAUAUAUAUUUUUUUUUUAUUUUAUAUAUUUUUUUAAUGUUGAAUGUACUUGUAAUUUCACUCCUCUCUCCAAUGUUCUUAUUUCAAAUUUGUGAUAGGAGUAGUAAGAUUUAUGAUGAGAAUUAAAAUUAUGCAUUGUUGGAUUAGAUGGAUCUUCCUCAACUUCUUCAGAAGACAAAUAUAAGAAUUUUUAUACCCAAAAAAAGAUUGCAAAAUUGAAUGGAUAGCCUCCUUAUUGUACAGAAACAACCAUCUGUUCAAUUCAAAAUGAAGGAAGAAGAAGUGAACCAAUGCCAGAUUAAAGACUGAUGGCGGCAUCUUUGAAGAUGGAAGGUGAGGGCUUGGUGGCCUCGACAAUGAUGGUCGACAUUGGUUGCUGGAAUUUGUCACAAUUUUUAGCAAAAAAUGGGGCUCCCCUAAGAAAGAAGAUAAGGAUUUGGCAGUUUCCUACCUGACAAGUUUGAUCACGUUGGUGUUUCUAUAGUAGAACAUUGUCAAGUUGUGGAGGCAAAGCAGAGCACAUAGUAAGGGCUCAAGAGAAAUAAAAUUCAGCCUCCUCGUCCUAUUAUGCUUCUCCUUCGGCGGUUAUAAAGUCGUGUAAAAUGUUCACCAGUGUGAUUAUGUUUAUAUUCCCUAUUUAGUUAUAUGUUUAUUUGGUUUAAAUGUGUUCAUUUUUUUUCUUUUCAAAUUUGGUUAUUGUACACCUUUCAAACUGGGUAGAAGAGUAUCCUUCUUUUCAGCAAUCAGCGGUUAAUAUUUUUUUUAUUCUCAAAGAGCUUGAAGUUACUGUGUCAAGGCCUUCACUUAGGUAUCAUUUUGGUGGGCAGCAAGUGUUUGAUGAAAGUUGUGGGUAUUGGCACUUGCAGCAACUGGUUUGUAAAGUUGCAAGUGUGACUUAAGUAUUGAGAUAAAAGCUUCAUGGUCUUCUUUAUUGGAUCUUUGGGAGUCUCAAUCCAUUAUUAACAUGCUCUUGCAAGCUUUGUUCUUAA